GCACUGGGGGCGGCCCCAUCCGGGGCCCGGGGAUGCUGUCAGGGCGCCGCCGGGCGGAGCUGCUGGAGGCGGCUGGGGGAGACGGGGAGUGUCCGGCGGCCGCUGCGGGAGCUGCUGCCCCGCCUGCCCGAGCCGCCAGCGCUGCUGGGUCCGCCGGGAGCCGGAGCUGCGCCGCUGCUGGGCGUCGGGGGCUGCCGUGGGCCGGGCGGGCCCUGACCUGCGGCCUCGGAGACGUUUGGAAGCGUAAACAAUGGAGGACGAGGCAAACCAAGUGCAAUCCCUGAAUGAAAAGCAGGUGCCGAACUCUGAAAGCGGUUAUGUGUGGCAUGUCACCGAUAUGAAUCGACUGCAUCGUUUCUUGUGUUUUGGUUCAGAAGGUGGUACUUACUGCAUCAAGGAGCAGAAGCUGUGCUUUGAAAAUGCAGAAGCUUUAACGAGGCUAAUUGAAGAGGGUAGAGGUUGUGAAGUUGUUCAAGAGAUAAAGACAUUCAGUCAAGAAGGCAGAACAGCAAAACAGGAGCCCCUACUUUUUGCUCUUGCAAUCUGUUCGCAGUGUUCUGAUGCAAAAACAAAACAAGCAGCGUUUAAAGCUGUUCCUGAGGUGUGUUGCAUACCAACUCAUCUCUUUACUUUCAUCCAAUUUAAAAAAGAUCUGAAGGAGGGCAUGAAAUGUGGCAUGUGGGGCCGUGCGCUGAGGAAAGCUGUUGCAGAUUGGUACAAUGGAAAGAAUGGCAUGGCUGUUGCUUUAGCAGUUACAAAAUAUAAACAAAGAAGUGGUUGGUCUCAUAAAGAUCUUCUGAGAUUGUCCCACCUAAAACCUGCCAGUGAAGGAAUUGCUAUAGUCACUAAAUACAUUACCAAAGGGUGGAAAGAUGUCCAAGAAGCUUAUAAAGACAAAGCAGUUUCUGCUGAGACUGAAAAACUUUUAAAGUAUCUGGAGGCUGUGGACAGGGUGAAACACACAAAAGAUGAAUUGGAAGUUACUCAUUUAAUAGAGGAAUAUGGGCUGGUUAGAGAACAUCUACUGACAAACCAUCUGAAAUCUAAAGAGGUUUGGAAGGCAUUGCUGAAGGACAUGCCCAUUUCUGUAUUAUUGAGAAAUUUAGGAAAGAUGACAGCAAAUUCAGUUCUUGAACCAAGAGGCUCAGAAGUGGCAAUAAUUUGCGAAAGACUAAGAAAUGAGAAAUUACUAAAAAAGGGUAGAGUACAUCCAUUCCAUAUAUUGGUUGCAUUAGAAACCUAUAAAGCUGGACAUGGAAGCAGAGGGAAGCUGUGGUGGCGUCCUGAUGAAGACAUUUUAGAAGCUUUAGAUGCUUCGUUCUACAAAACUUUCAAGACAAUUGAACCGACAGGGAAACGUUUCUUACUUGCAGUCGAUGUCAGUGCAUCAAUGACCCAAAAAGUGUUGGGCAGUGUGCUGAAUGCUAGCAUGGUUGCAGCGGUGAUGUGCAUGGUUGUAGCACGUACUGAGAAGGAUUCCCAUAUCGUUGCCUUUUCACAUGAAAUUGUCCCUUGCCCUGUGACAGCUGAUAUGACGUUACCUCAAGUUUUAGUGAAAAUGUAUGAAGUUCCAAUGGGUACGACUGAUUGUUCCCUUCCAAUGAUAUGGGCUCAGAAAACACAGACAGCUGCUGAUGUCUUCAUUGUAUUUACUGAUAAUGAGACAUUUGCUGGAAAUACUCAUCCUGCAACAGCUCUUAGAGAGUACAGGGAGAAAAUGGGUAUUCCUGCUAAAUUGAUUGUAUGUGGAAUGACGUCAAACGGCUUUACGAUUGCCGAUCCAGAUGACAGAGGCAUGUUGGAUAUAUGUGGCUUUGAUACAGGAGCUUUGGAUGUUAUUCAGAACUUCAUUUUGGAUUUGAUUUAGCAUUCUAGGCAUCUGCUCUUUCCAGUGGGUCCAUUGCUGGCAACAGACUUUUCACCUUGGGAACUCCCAGCCAAAUAUACUUUAUUAGAAUAUGGCACAUUAUAUACAUAUCAGAGUGUAACCGUUUUGUGAAGGGAAAACAAGAAAAGCACAUGAGAUACCGCUUUUCUCUUUUCUCCUAUUGCACACAAUUUAAAAUAACAAUGGGAAGUUUGUUAAACGUAGCUACAGGGUUACACAACAUGUAAUUUAAUUUCAUUUAUAAUAGAUUAUAAAUACUGAGAUUUCUUUUUUCCCCUGUUGCUGUGGAAUGCUUGUUUGCAAGAGUGAAUUGAUGAAUUAUUCCUAGGUUGGGCAGGACAGAAAAGUGGUUUUUAGCUUUUUAAUAAUGUUAGUUUAACAACUAACAUUAGUUUAGAGGGAUCUUUCUUUAGGCUUUUUUUUUUU